GAGUCCUUCCCACAGGACAUCCGUCCAUCAGGGAUACUUAUCAAUCGUGGACCAGGAGUAAAAGGAGCAGAGUGCCAAGCUUUAAGCCAUCCUUGGUGUCAGAUCUAGAGGUUGAUAGGUACUGAAAGAGGUCUGGAGGGUUAGGUAAGGGUACACCUGUUGUCUUAGCAUCUGUUGGCACCGACCCAGACUUCAGAGCCUUAUGGCAGGCCUGGAUAUAUAAAAUACAUAAUGGAAUUCCAGUCCACCUGGGAACCAAAAACCCCCUGGACAAUCCACGUUGUUCACCCUAUAUAACUCAAGAGGAGUGGGAGUUGGACGGGAGGAUUUUAUGUUUUUAUGAUAAACAUCCAUUCACAACUCAUGUCAGGGAAACGUAGUUUAACCGUUUGACUCUUAAGCAGAAGGAAUCAUCUGGCUCACCACACCAGUGAAAGAUGGGGGAGUCUAGGCCUAAUGGAACGCUUUUUAUGUCUGUUCUGGAACUCUCAUUGUGAACUAUGGAACACUCUUUUUCACCUCUGACCCCUGACCUCCAUGAUACGACAGCCAAUGAGAGCCUGUGGUGGGGGCUGGGGGCGCCCCUCCCUUCAGCCCCUAGCAGACAGCUGGGCACCUUGCCUAACUCCCAGACACGCUUCAAGGACCUGACAGGGAUAUUCUUCAUGGUGACCCUGAACGUGGUGGCGCUGCUGGCUAACACAGCCGUGCUGGUGGUGGUCGUCAAAGCCCCGCACCUCAGGAAGUUUGCCUUUGUGUGCCACCUGUGUGCGGUGGACCUGCUGUGUGCCGUGCUGCUCAUGCCCCUGGGAAUUGUGUCCAGCUCGCCGUACUUCGCCAGCGUGGUGUUCACAGUGCUGGAGUGCCAGAUGUACGUCUUCCUCAACGUGUUCCUCAUCGCAGCCUCCAUCUUCACCAUCACGGCCAUCAGCGUGGAGCGUUACUACUACAUUGUCCACCCCAUGCGCUACGAGGUAAAGAUGACCCUGAAGCUGGCCGCAGCCAUCAUGGUCCUGGUCUGGGUAGCCUCAGCCCUCCUGGGGCUGGCCACUGUGUUCGGCUGGCCCAGCUAUGGCAGCCUGAGCUCCAUCAGCGCCGCGCACUGCUCUCUCCACUGGAGCCACAGCGGCCACCGCCGGGCCUUCUCUGUCCUCUUCACAGUGGCCUGUUUCUGCCUGCCUGCUGCAGUCAUUUUUGCUGUGUACUGUAACGUCUAUAAAGUGGCCCGCGUGGCGGCUAGACAGCAUGGACCGUUACCGUCCUGGACGGCCAGCCAUCUUAAACACCGCUCAGAUUCCAUCAGCAGCCAGACCACUAUCAUCACCACCCGCCACGCCCCCAGGAGGCUCCACCAAAAAAGGCCCUUUGGUGGGGGCAAGGCCGCCUUCACCCUGGUGGUCAUUGUGGGCCAGUUCCUGCUCUGCUGGUUGCCUUACUUCGCCUUCCACCUGCACCUGACUAUCAACAACCCACCCAAGGUCCCACCUGACCUAGAGGAGGCCGUCACCUGGCUAGCGUACUCCUCCUUUACCAUCAACCCAUUCUUUUAUGGGCUGCUGAACCGCCAGAUCAGGGAGGAGCUGUGUAAGCUGCGGCGCUGCUACUCCACCCGGCUGGCCCUGUCCAGCGGCCACGAGGGCUCGGCCCACGAGAACUUCCUGCAGUUCCUCCAGAGAACCAGCUGUACGGUGGAGACCAGAGCCAGCUUCACCUGCACAUCCAGCCCCAGGAACACCCUGGACCAGACAGCGCAGCAGACAGCUGACUUCAGGAUACCUGGACAGAUACCGGAGGAGUUCAAUUAAAACGCCCCUGAUAUACUAACCUGGACCCCAGUGAUAUACUGUUACUGUAUGGACACAAGCACCUGACUGCUGAGUUAAAACUGUUAAACACCUUUAUAUAUUCCCAGAGCCUUCAUUAGGAAAACUUUGCACAACUACGAGGGAUCCAGACCACUUGUAGAGGAGCCAAAGUACAUCGUUGAAUGCUUUUUUCCCUUCCACGUCACUUUAUUCAUAGAAGAUCAAGAUGUUUAGGCUGUCGGUCUGACUGUGACUGACAAUAACUUCAGAACGAAGUUGACUACAGAUACAAAGUUACCAAAGUAUUAGCACAUUUUACAAACAAGCGAAGGAUAAAAUGGUGCUUCAAAUGAAAACCGAGAUGUCUGCAUUAAAAGAUCCAUAGCCUAUAACGGCCCAUAUAGCCUUUUUCAAUCAUAUUGAAAUCAUUUAAUGUUCAAUCCCACUGGGCACAGAUGGUUCAACAUCAUUUAUUUUAAAUUACGUGGAAACAACAUUGAUUCAAUCAGUGUGUGCCCAGUGGGAUCAAUUUAGUUAUAUUUUGCCUCAAUGUGUUUCAUGAUGUGUGACAACAUUUGUACAAUGAUGUGCCCAAUCUGUGAUUCAGUGCAUUAUUAUUGGGUAAGCAUAAUAAGCUGCCUCAAUAGCUUAUUUACAGCCAUGGGUGGUAAUAUCUCUCUAGUAGCUGAUCUGUUUUCAGUCUUGUGGAAUAGUUCUCAUGUUAAGAUAUGAUUGAAAUGGAGAAAGCUGAUUCCCGAGAGCAGCGCUGCUUUUCUUUGGAUCCUAUCACUAUCGCCACGUGGUCUAACGACGCCCUGAGCGAACAUUAUCUUAACGUGAUUGUUUAGGAAACCCAAUUAAAAAGUUGGUUUGUAAAUAACGGUACAUCUGAUAUGAUCGUCAUAAUGCUUAAGUUACAGUACAUCGCAACUGGGAAACGAGGCCCCGGUCCCAGAUCUGUUUGUGCUGUCUUGACACUCCUAUUGUCAUGCCUGACAAUGACCGUUGUUUCCACGUCAUUUCAACCAAAAUAUUAAAUGUGAUGACGUUGAAUCAACAUGGAAAACUGAUUGGUCCAAUGAAUGACAGGGUGGCAUUUUUGGUUAAUUUCACAUUGAAUUCACAUUAGUUGACAACUUAACUAAAAUGUAAGUCAAAUCUAGAUGUUGUACUGACAUCUGUGCCCUGUGGGAGACCACAUCAAUGUCAGUCCAGUGGAGCAACCGUACGGCCCCCUACACACUUCCCUUAAAACACACAGAGACAGGCCUCCUGAGUGGUGCAGAGGUCGAAGGCACUGCAUCGCAGUGCUAGCUGUGCAACUAGAGAACCUGGUUCGAGUCUAGGCUCUGUCGCAGCUGGCCGUGACCAGGCGAUGCAAUGCAUGCUGACACGGUUGCCAGGUGUACGGUGUUUUUUCAGACACAUUGGUGUGUCUGGCUUCCGCGUUAAGCAGGCGUUCUGUCAUGAAGCAGUGUGGCUUGGCUGGGUUGUGUUUCGGAGGACGCACGGCUCUCGACCUUCCGUACGUGAGUUGUAGCGACUGGACUGUAACUACCGAUUGGAUAACAUGAAAAAUGGGUGAAAGAAACACACAGAGACAGCACUUGAAGGGACUACAAGUAGUGUUUAUUUUGUUGUUUCCAUUUUAUUAAUUUGAUUGAGUUUAUUGUGUUGUUGCAUUCCGAGAUUAGUCCAGCAUAUACCUUAAGUGCAUUAAGUCCUGAGAGAUACAGUUGUCUCAAUUAUCAUUUGUUCUUUCUUGCUACAACUACCACAAAUUGUGGGACUAAUUCUACUACCAACCAUUCCAAUCACCUAUAUUACUACUAGUAUAUUCUACUACCACUACUACUACAAGUACAAUGUUUGAGUUGAGAGACAAUACAAAUUAAUACUUGAAUAAUGCUAUCUACACUGUACUAUACAUCCACUGUCUGAACAACUUUUAUUAUUUAUUAUUUAUUCCAUGUUCAAUAUGGUGAACAUUCAACACUCUCUAAGUGUAACAGGUGAGUUAUUUCUAUUACACCAUAUCAAAUGUGAUAAUUUAACUAUUUGGUUCUCAGUUGCAAUAUUCUUAACUAUGUACAGUUAGUUUCUUACAAAACAAUGUGUUAUUAUACACUAAGUGUACAAAACAUUAGAAACAUCCUCCAAAUAUUGAGUUGCACCCAUUUUUGCCCUCUGAACAGCCUCAAUUCUUCGGGGCAUGGACUCAACAAGGUGACAAAGACGCCAAUGCAUCCCACAGUUGGGUCAAGUUGGCUGGAUGUCCUUUGGGUGGUGGACCAUAGUUGAUACACACAGGAAACUGUUGAGUAUGAAAAACCCAACAGCGUUGCAGUUCUUGACACACUCAAGCCGGUGUGCCUGG